CGGCGGCAGUGGCGCGCACAGGUGAUUGACUGGCCGGCGGCCGGCUGGCUGAGGGAGUGCUUGGUCCUCAUCGCUGGCGGGUGGCGGAGCCUAUUUGGGCGGUGGAGGCGGCAGAGGCGGAGACGGUGGCGGCGUUGGCGGCCGGGCUUGGUAGGUGCCCCGCGGACCAAGGCCAUGGCUCCGCGGCUGCAGCUGGAGAAGGCGGCCUGGCGCUGGGCAGAGACUGUGCGGCCCGAGGAGGUGUCGCAGGAGCAUAUCGAGACCGCCUACCGCAUCUGGCUGGAGCCCUGCAUCCGCGGCGUGUGCAGACGAAACUGCAAAGGAAAUCCAAAUUGCUUGGUUGGAAUCGGUGAGCAUAUUUGGUUAGGUGAAAUAGAUGAAAAUAGUUUUCAUAACAUCGAUGAUCCCAACUGUGAGAGGAGAAAAAAGAACUCGUUUGUGGGCCUGACUAACCUUGGAGCCACUUGUUAUGUCAACACUUUUCUUCAAGUAUGGUUUCUCAACUUGGAGCUUCGGCAGGCCCUGUACUUAUGUCCAAGUACCUGUGGCGACCAUGUGAUGGGAGGUGAUAUCCAAGAAGAGAAAGAUUAUGAGCCUCAGACAAUUUGUGAGCAUCUCCAGUAUUUGUUUGCCUUGUUGCAAAACAGUAACAGGCGAUAUAUUGACCCAUCGGGAUUUGUCAAAGCCUUGGGCUUGGACACUGGGCAACAGCAGGAUGCCCAAGAAUUUUCAAAGCUCUUUAUGUCUCUAUUGGAAGAUACUUUGUCUAAACAAAAGAACCCAGAUGUGCGGAACAUUGUCCAACAACAGUUCUGUGGGGAAUAUGCUUAUGUAACAGUUUGCAAUCAGUGUGGCAGAGAGUCUAAGCUUUUAUCAAAGUUUUAUGAAUUGGAGUUAAAUAUUCAAGGCCACAAACAGUUAACGGAUUGUAUCUCGGAAUUUUUGAAGGAAGAAAAAUUAGAAGGAGACAAUCGAUAUUUUUGUGAAAAUUGUCAAAGCAAACAGAAUGCAACAAGGAAGAUUCGACUACUUAGCUUACCUUGCACUCUGAACUUGCAGCUAAUGCGUUUUGUCUUCGACAGGCAAACUGGACAUAAGAAAAAGCUGAAUACCUACAUUGGCUUCUCAGAAAUUUUGGAUAUGGAGCCUUAUGUGGAACAUAAAGGUGGGGACUAUGUGUAUGAACUCAGUGCAGUCCUCAUACACCGAGGAGUGAGUGCUUAUUCUGGCCACUACAUCGCCCACGUGAAAGAUCCACAAUCUGGUGAAUGGUAUAAAUUUAAUGACGAAGAUAUAGAAAAGAUGGAGGGGAAGAAAUUACAACUAGGGAUUGAGGAAGAUCUAGCAGAACCUUCUAAGUCCCAGACACGUAAACCCAAGUGUGGCAAAGGAACUCACUGCUCUCGAAAUGCAUACAUGUUGGUUUAUAGACUGCAAACUCAAGAAAAACCCAACAUGACUGUUCAGGUACCAGCUUUUCUUCAAGAGCUGGUAGAUCGCGACAAUUCCAAAUUUGAGGAGUGGUGUAUCGAAAUGGCUGAGAUGCGUAAGCAAAGUGUGGAUAAAGGAAAAGCAAAACAUGAAGAGGUUAAGGAGCUGUACCAAAGGUUACCUGCUGGAGCUGAGCCCUAUGAGUUUGUCUCUCUUGAAUGGCUGCAGAAAUGGUUGGAUGAAUCAACACCUACCAAGCCUAUCGAUAAUCAUGCUUGUCUGUGCUCCCACGACAAGCUUCAUCCGGAUAAAAUAUCGAUUAUGAAGAGAAUAUCUGAAUAUGCGGCUGACAUUUUCUAUAGUCGAUAUGGAGGGGGUCCAAGAUUAACUGUGAAAGCCUUGUGUAAGGAAUGUGUAGUAGAACGUUGUCGUGUGUUGCGUCUGAAAAACCAACUAAAUGAAGAUUACAAAACUGUUAAUAAUCUACUAAAAGCAACAGUAAAGGGCAAUGACGCAUUUUGGGUGGGGAAAUCCUCCUUGCGGAGUUGGCGCCAACUAGCUCUUGAACAACUAGAUGAUCAAGAUGGUGACGCAGACCAAAGCAAUGGAAAAAUGAAUGGCAAUACCUUGAAUAAAGACGAAUCAAAGGAAGAAAGAAAAGAAGAAGAGGAAGAAUUAAAUUUUAAUGAAGACAUUCUCUGUCCACAUGGGGAAUUAUGCAUAUCUGAAAAUGAAAGAAGGCUUGUUUCUAAAGAGGCUUGGAGCAAACUGCAACAGUACUUUCCAAAGGCUCCUGAGUUUCCAAGUUACAAAGAAUGCUGUUCACAGUGCAAGAUUCUAGAGAGAGAAGGGGAAGAAAAUGAAGCCUUACAUAAGAUGAUUGCAAAUGAGCAAAAGACUUCUCUCCCGAAUUUGUUCCAGGACAAAAACAGACCAUGUCUCAGUAACUGGCCAGAGGAUACGGAUGUCCUCUACAUUGUGUCUCAAUUCUUCGUAGAAGAAUGGCGAAAGUUUGUUAGAAAGCCUACAAGAUGUAGUCCUGUGUCAUCAGUCGGAAACAGCGCUCUUCUCUGUCCCCAUGGGGGACUCAUGUUUACAUUUGCUUCCAUGACCAAAGAAGAUUCUAAACUUAUAGCUCUCAUAUGGCCCAGUGAGUGGCAAAUGAUACAAAAGCUGUUUGUUGUGGAUCAUGUAAUUAAAAUCACAAAAACUGAAGUAGGAGAUGCAGAUCCUUCAGAAACACAGUAUACUUCUGAGCCUAAACUCUGUCCGGAAUGCAGAGAAGGUUUAUUGUGUCAGCAGCAGAGGGAUCUGCGUGAAUACACUCAAGCCACCAUCUAUGUACAUAAAGUUGUGGAUAAUAAGAAGGUGAUGAAGGAUUCAGCUCCGGAGCUGAAUGUGAGUAGUUCUGAAACAGAGGAGGACAAGGAAGAAGCCAAGCCAGAUGGAGAAAAAGAUCCAGAUUUUAAUCAAAGCAAUGGAGGAACAAAGAGGCAAAAAAUAUCCCAUCAAAAUUACAUAGCCUAUCAAAAGCAAGUUAUUCGACGGAGUAUGCGACACAGAAAAGUUCGUGGUGAGAAAGCACUUCUCGUUUCUGCUAAUCAAACAUUAAAAGAAUUGAAAAUUCAGAUCAUGCAUGCAUUUUCAGUUGCUCCUUUUGAUCAGAAUUUGUCAAUUGAUGGAAAAAUUUUAAGUGAUGACUGUGCCACCCUUGGCACCCUUGGCGUCAUUCCCGAAUCUGUCAUUUUGCUAAAGGCUGAUGAACCAAUUGCAGAUUAUGCUGCAAUGGAUGAUGUCAUGCAAGUGUGUAUGCCAGAAGAAGGGUUUAAAGGUACUGGUCUACUUGGACAUUAAUCUUUUGAACACUUGCUGACUGCUCAGAAAUGUCCAGAGGGGAAGAGGAGUUUGACAUGUUAGGGCAUUAAAGAAAAGAUGGAUUUAAGAAUUAAACCAUUACAUGACUCUUCCAAAAGGCAGAAAUCCAUUCAGAAGUGACUGUCCCAAAUGCCUUAUGUCAAAUAAAGCAGAUUGCACUGAAGGACAUCAGACUUGAAGGAAAUGUUUCAGAUUUUAUAUUUAAGGGGGGGAGGGGUGAUGGGAGGGAAGGGGGCAAGUAAAGAUUGAACAAAUUGAGUAGCAAGUAACAGUAAAUCAUGUUUACAUACGAGAUUUAUAGUCAUUGGAAGGAAUUAAGUUCUGUUAUAUUUCCUUGCUCAAGUUUCAUACCAGAUGCAUUGGUCCAUAAAGGAUUUUGUAUCACAAUAGAUGGGACAACAUUCUGCUCUGAACUAAAAGUAAUUCUUUAGAGACAUAAACCUGCUUACCAGUACCUGUCUUUGAUUCAUAUUCUACUUUCAAUAAAGCAUGAAAGUGAAGAACUUGCCAUAAUUGUGGAAAAGUGUCUUCUGGGUUAGACUCCUCUUCUUGUCAGCUGCAGUGCACUCGCCUUACACGCUGCCUUGUGGUCUGUCUCUUAGUUUGGGGUGAAGGAGGAGGCACCUGCUUAUACCCCCUACAGAAUGAGCAAGGGAUUAUGUCUCAUUUUUGGCUUCCAAGGCUUUUUGCUUGCUUGGUGCAUUUCAGAAAGGAUGGAGAAUGUUUUUUACAGGUGAUAGCAUCUUCUUCCAGUUUGGCCAUUGUUCACAAGUGGGAAAUCACAUAAACCUUGCAUAUUUGGAAAAUCUGACCACCUUUGCAGAAGAAUAGAUCGGACUGCAGAAUUUGGAUUACAGGUUUUUCUUAAAAUUUGUUCCUCCCAUCCUCUGAAUCCACUCUUCCUUGGAUCUCACUUCUCUUGUUUCAAAGCAUUCUUCAGAAAUGCCCAGAAAGGAUCUACCGUUUAGAUCACUUUGUUUAAAAAUGGGGGGGCGGGGUGUAUGGAUGGGGUCUGCUGUUUUAUCUAACUCAGGAUGUUGUCAUUAGCAACAAAUAACUGAAGCAAUAUUCUUAAGAAUAUUGAAGGAUGUUUAAAUGGAACUUAAGACUAAUUGUUUUUUGUUUGUAUGUUUUCGCUAUUGCGUAUAUAUGUAUAGUUUAUGACAGAGAUGCUGACGCAGGCAUUUCUCUUGUUAACACUUUUUUUUGGGCUUUGGAUUUGUGCUAGGGUUUCCCCCUCCCUUCUUCCAGAAAAUUUAAUCUCAUAAUUGAGGGGGUGGGGUGGGAGGCCGGAUUCAAUAUGAGGACCAGUAACCUUGGCAGUAUCCCUUUUGAAUAGCUCUUUUAUUAGUAUAAUUAUGGCUGUUCGGUAAAAUUUUAACUUUGUUUGUUUCCCCUCUCUGUUUGUAAUGUAUUGGGUCUGUGCCCCCUGAGGAGGCGGGAGAAUGUGUAAUUAGCCUGUGUGGGAUAGUGAGGGCUGCACAAAGGACUCGAAAACCAUCAUCUUCCAUCCUGCAAGAUGCGGCAGAGGAACCAGUGGUUCUGGCCUUGAGGUCGGCACAGGAGAAGGGCUCAAAAUUGAGAUUAUCGGUAGCUGAUCCUGGUUUUCUAGAUUUCAAGCUCUUAUUUGGCUCCAGAGAAAUGAAGCUUAGCAUAAAAGUAAUAACACACAAAGCAACUUAUUCUGUUCCAAGGUAAAGACUUGUGGAAAACUUCCCUUGGCAGCUCUCUUUUCCCUAUAAAUCAGUUUUUUUGGCCAGAGGACAUUCCUUCUGGGGUUUGACAUACACAUGUCAGUAGCCCCCAGAAAUCUGAUAUAUUUUUCCCAAUUUGUGGCUGUUAACAAGUUUCUUAAUUUAUUGAUUGGGUCUUUUUUCCUUAUACAAUGGUACAAAAAAGUCUUUCAGGCUGAUACCCAGUCUCAGUACCACUGGAUCCUUUAGUUUAACUGGGCAGAGUUAGCCCAGGGGUAAGAGUGAGCGGAUGUUCUAUGUGUCUGCCCUCAAAGCCUCAGCAGUUUUUUUUUCCUCCUGCCCAGCCCAUGGCUGUUGACAGCUUACUUUCUGCCACCAGUAUUCCUAAAAAUGAUUUUCAUGGCCCAGCAGCGCCAGCAACACUUUGAAGUCUUAUUAGAAAUGCAGAUGCUCGGGCCCAGACCUCCUGAACCAGAAUCUGCACCCACAAGCUAUACCCCUGCUCUUACAAGUUUGAGAAGUCCUAGGUUAGGGCCUCUUUUGCACCCACAGUAGGCAGAGCUACAAAAAGAAAUGUGUGUAUUUAAUACAUUACCAACUUUACCACUUUGUACAGAGAAAACUGGGAGAAGGUGUAAUAAAAGCCUGAUUCUUGUUUUGUCUGUAUUUACAAAUAGAUUACAAAAUCCAAUAUCUUCUGGGCUAUGACCACAUUAAAGUGCUGAGAUUCUCCGUUGCAUUUUCAAUAUAGUGCAUGUGUACUUUUUUAUAUCAGAUCCAGUCUCCCAUAGAAGGUAUUAUGAAGCGUGACAUUUUCCUACCUUUUAUUUCUGAUCAUUCUUUAAUUCCAAAUAAUGCAUACAGUAUAUUAUGCUGGUAUAAAUUGUUGCCAUUUUGAUAUCUUCGUUCACUUGGGGUAUAAGUAUCUUUCUGUGUAUUAAUGAACUUUGUUUAGAAUUACUGUUACCUUUUUACCAAAUUAAAAAGAAAUGUGUCCCUUUAUUUCUGCCGAAUCAUAAUCGAGCGUGAGUUUUUUGUUUUUUGUUUUUUUUUUAAUUUCCAGUGGAAUGGUCCAUGUAGUCACAGUCUUGUUGAUCAAACCCUGAUUAAUAUUUGAAGAUAAUGCUGGUAUUGAAUAACCUGUUUUAAAUACCCAAGGGACGAUUUAUCUCUGUCUCAACAAACUGCCGAAGUGAACUGAGCAUUAAAGCCUGUCUUUCCUGUUA